AUAGUGCGCGGAGACGCCGACGCUAAAGGAAUAACGCCUGUUGGAUCUCUUUGCCUGAAAUGCGCGCGAGGGCUCGUACCUGCUGUACUGACCUUCAGGAGGAAUAGUCACGAGAACGCUCGCGUUGAAUGGGUCGUAAGGACGCUCACCUGAACCUGUCUGGAUGGGAUGCACCGUGAGCUUCAUCUGCUGUGAAGACGAUUUUCUGCAGAUGCCUUUGGAUCAGCAUGUGGGGAAAAAGAAAGAGGAAAAGAGGCUGUUAUCUAAGCCUGAAGAGUUUGAAGCCGUCCACUCCCACACCUUCCGGCUGAAGACAUUCAAGAAGGGGAAGCACUGCGGCGUGUGCAAGCAGACUGUAAACAAUGAGGGUCUCAUCUGCAGAGUGUGCCGGUUAGCCUGCCACAGGAAGUGUGAGGUCAAGGUAUCCUCCUCCUGCGUUCCUGUUGCCAACUAUGAACUGGCCCCCAGCAAUGACCUCCCCCUGAAACAUAUAGAGACAACAGGCUCAACCAAAUCCUCCAAGAGCAUGGAGUCUCGACGCAGACCAUCCAGGAGUUUGAGUUUGAUCCAGGCCAUGGAGGAAAACUAUGAGGUGGACCUGGUCUACAUCACAGAACGCAUCAUUUCUGUGACCUUCCCCAGUAAUGUAGAAGAACCAAGCUACAGCGCUAACAUAAAGGAGGUGGCCACCAUGCUACGCUCUAAACAUGGUGACAACUACUUGCUCUUCAACCUCAGUGAAAAGCGAAAUGACAUCUCCAGUCUGAAUUCCAAAGUGCUGGAUUUUGGCUGGCCAGACCAUCAUGCUCCAGCCCUGGAUAAGAUCUGCAGCAUCUGCAAAGCCAUGGACACUUGGAUGAACACUGACAGUCACAAUGUGGUUGUCUUACACAAUAAGGGAAACCGAGGUCGAACUGGGGUAGUUGUGGCUGCGUACAUGCAUUACAGCAACAUAUCAGCAAGUGCAGACCAGGCUCUGGACAGGUUUGCCAUGAAGAGGUUUUAUGAAGAUAAAGUGCUUCCUGUGGGCCAGCCUUCCCAGAGAAGGUAUGUGCAGUACUUCAGCGGUCUGCUCUCCGGUCACAUCAAGAUCAACAACAAGCCCCUGUUUCUGCACCACGUCAUCAUGCACGGGAUCCCAAACUUCGAGUCCAAAGGAGGUUGCCGCCCUUUCCUCAAGAUCUACCAGGCUAUGCAGCCCGUCUACACAUCUGGGAUCUAUAACGUCCAAGGAGACAGUCAGACCAGUAUCUGCAUCACCAUUGAACCCGGCCUGCUCCUGAAAGGAGACAUACUGCUCAAGUGCUAUCACAAACGCUUCCGCAGCCCGUCCCGCGAUGUCAUAUUCAGAGUGCAGUUUCACACCUGUGCUGUUCAUGACCUGGGCAUCGUGUUUGGCAAAGAUGAGCUUGAUGAAACAUUUAAAGAUGACAGAUUUCCUGAAUAUGGAAAAGUGGAAUUUGUCUUUUCUUUUGGUCCAGAAAAAAUCCAAGGAAUGGACCACCUUGAGAACGGGCCCACUGUUUCUGUGGACUACAAUACCCAAGAUCCUCUGAUUCGCUGGGAUUCUUAUGAGAACUUCAACCAGCGCUGUGAAGAUUCCAUGGAAGACGUUAUUCACACACAAGGUCCAUUGGAUGGUAGUCUCUACGCUAAGGUUCGGAAGAAAGAGUCUCUGGAAGGAGGGGUCACAACUAAUGGUCUCCCAGCUGCUGUCGAUCAUGCUUUACCUGCAGUAGACCACACUCUACCACCAGUCGACCACGCCUUGUCUGUAAGCAGUGACUCGGGCAACUCCACUGCUUCCAUCAAGACUGACCGCACUGAUGAAGCCAGCCAUCAGCCGGCCUUGGUGAGUCAGCCAUCCUCCCAGCCCCUUAGCCCAGAGGAAAAACAGGAGCUGGACCAGUUGCUCAGUGGUUUGGAAGCACCAAUGCAUCGGACAGGUUACCAAAGCAGCUCUGGCAGCGGAGGCGGCGGAGUCCUACACCUCGUCCCUGCCCAGGUUCAUGUCAACGGACACAACAACAUAGACCGAGAGACAGAUAUACUUGAUGAUGACCUGCCCAACAGCCAGGAAGGGAACAGUGUGGACAGUCUCGGAACCCUCUCAUCAUUUGAGGGCAGAGCCACCCCGGCAGAUCUAUACUACCAGUCGGAGACGGUUAUUAAUGGACAAGAUGUGCCCUACUUGGAGAAGGGUGCCCACGAGAAAAUGCCAGAGCCCAGAGUUCACAGCUCCUCAUCUGUCCAGGAGCACUUGGGGGCUCCUAGUGGCUACACCAACCAGAAUGGCAACAUCUACCGAUCUCAAUCAUUAGGGGCAACCCCGACCAUAGAGCAGAAGUACAUGCCCAAAGCUCCCACACGCACAACCAGCAGUAGGGAUGCAGUGCAGAGGGGACUGAAUGUGUGGCAACAAUAUGGUGUUCCCGAGGUCCCAGUCACAGAUGGGAUCACCUUCAACCCUGUACUACAAUCCCACAGCCUUCCGGAGUUCCCUCCUAUGGCAUCUCAACAAGAAAUUGAACAGUCUAUUGAGGCCCUCAACAUGCUGAUGCUGGACCUUGACCCAGCACUUACUCAAGUCCCCAAGUCCCAUAGUGCCCCAUCUGGAGAAGGUGGUGUAGUCACCACACAGCCAUCUUUCUCUCAAACCCAGGCACGGCCGUCCUACCAGGCUGACGCAGCCAUUCAUGACCGUGGUGGGACCUCUUUGGCGGGAUACCCUUUGACAUUUCAACAGGUAGCCGCAGAGCCUCCACAAGCCACCAUGAACCAGCAGAGACCCACAGCCAUAUCCCAGCAUGCUGCAUUCCCUUCUGAGGCAGAAGGUCAGGCUCCCAUGUCCCAGUCCACAGUGCCUUCCUCCACCUUUGGAGUUCUCCAGUUAAAACCCCUCAACAUUUACCCCUCAAGUACCACAUCCCAGUCCCCUGAGCCCCAGGAGACCCAGUGUGGCUACUCUGCCUCCUCAUCCCCUCUACCCAAAGAGUCUGAACCAGAAGAUACCAACUACAAAUUGGAGGGUCUUGUAGCUCACCGUGUAGCUGAGUACACUGCUCGUAUUCAAGGCAUCAGUGACAGACAGAGCGUUCCUGAGCUUGUCCCCCGUCGCCGCUCUCUCUCCUUCAGUGGAGUUCAUUUUGGUGAAAUGUCACCAGAUGAGGCUUCAGUUCCUGGAUGGUACAGGACUACCAGUGAGGGCCUUUCCCAAGAUGAGAGCCCAACCCGAGGAGGCUCGGUCCGCUCCCCCAUUCGCUGCAUCUCACCCGAGCUGGCCAAUACGAUUGCGCUGAAUCCUGGGGGACGGCCCAAGGAGAGACACAUGCAUAGCUACAGAGAAGCGUUUGAGGAAAUGGACGGGGGUCCCGUCAGUCCCCCUCCGAUCGUUGGUGGUGAGGCCCUACCCCAAACCCCCGCCUUCCCUGUCUCGCCACAAACCCCUUACUUCAACCUGAGUCGAUCUCCUCCAGGACUGGCUAAAACACCUUUGUCCUUCCUGGGCCUGAAGCCCCACAAUCCUGCUGAGAUACUGCUCAACCAGACGGGCUCAGAGCCUCGUAGCUAUGUGGAGUCUGUGGCCAAAGCAGCAGCCGUGACAGGUGGGCCGCCAGCAUCGCCCGUGUCUCCAACAUAUGACAGUGACAGCUUAGCUCGUCCUGUUGGGCCUUCCCAUGCCUACAACGCUCCUCUUUCCUCCAGCAGCCCCAUUCAGAGCCCAGAUGCAGUUGAAAACACGUUGGCCGAUAGCGGGGUGGGAAUGAAUUCUCUGUCCCAGGCUGCUGUCGACUCCGUCCUUCACUCCCAGCCCUCUGAUAGAACAUACCAAACACCCACACCCUCCUAUCCCUCCUCCAGCAGCAUGUUGGGUAGCUACAUGACCCCUGAUAUCAGCCCCUCUCUGCCAGGGGUCAUGCAAAAUAACACCACAACAAUCCAGCCACUCACCGGUAGCCCUGGCACAAGACACCACACUGUCCUGCCUGACGUCACGUCCGCUCCCAACCUUCAACACAGACUAGCCAAUCAGGACGGCCCCGUUCUGGGCCAACAGCCGACCCCAGCCAACGGUCAUCUGCCUGGAAUGGCUGGUAGUCCCAUGCAAGGAAGGCACACCAUGGUGUCCCAGGGAACGCAGAGCAGCCCGAUGCUGUCCAGACAGUAUCCCGCCACCCACGGGACUCAGAGUAGUCCAAUUCUCAGCAGGCAGCCUAUGGGACAAGCUGUCCAGAGCAGUCCGGUCCUCAACCGACAGGCAUCCCUCAAUCAACCAAUCAUUCUGCCUAACCAAAGCAGCCCGGUGUUGAGUAGACAACCAUCUGUUACCCAGCCCAACCAGGGCAGCCCCGUCCUGAGCAGGCAAUCCUCACUUACACAUCCCAGUCAGGGCAGUCCCAUUCUAACACAGGGUAGCCCCAGUCUGGACAGGCACCCAAUGUACAGCGGCUACACCACUCCGGACGAGCGGCACGGAGCCCUGUCGCGCCAGAGCAGCUCCUCUGGAUAUCAGCCGCCAUCCACGCCUUCUUUCCCAGUCUCUCCGGCAGGAUACAUAGAGGGUGUGGGAUUCAGACAGGGCAGUCCUGCCCUCCAACCUCAGCUCCCCGAGAAGAGACGCAUGUCCAGCAGCGAUCGCUCCAAUGGCGGACUGUCCUACGGAACGCUAAACGGGAAGAUGUCCUCACCAGUGUCCAGUGGCGGCAGCACUCCUAGCGUUCAUUUCUUCCACACGCUCCCUGAUUUCUCCAAACUCAACAUGUGCGAUGGAAGUCCAGAGACUAGGCUGAACGUGAAGUUUGUCCAGGACACGUCCAAAUUCUGGUAUAAACCAGAUAUCUCCAGAGACCAAGCGAUCAACAUGCUGAAGGAUCAAGAGCCUGGAGCCUUUGUCAUUCGGGACAGUCAUUCAUUCAGAGGGGCCUACGGCUUGGCCAUGAAAGUUGCCUCACCACCUCCAACAGUGCAGCCUACAAAGAAAGCUGGAGACGUCACUAACGAGUUGGUGAGACAUUUCCUGAUUGAGACGAGUCCGAAGGGCGUGAGACUGAAGGGCUGCCCUAACGAGCCAUACUUUGGCUGCCUGUCUGCACUGGUCUACCAGCACUCCAUCACUCCACUGGCUCUACCCUGCAAACUAGUCAUACCAACCAGAGAUCCUCUGGAGGAAUCGCCUGAGACUGCAACACCAACUAAUCCGGCGACAGAGAUGCUCAAACAGGGUGCAGGGCAGAAGAGUUCAGCUGACUCCCAUGCAUGCAAUGUCCUGUACAUAAACUCUGUGGAUAUGGAGUCUCUGACUGGCCCUCAGGCCAUCGCCAAGGCCAUCUCAGAAACCAUGACAGCCAGUCCGGUGCCCUCAGCCACCAUCGUUCACUUCAAGGUGUCGGCACAAGGCAUCACGCUCACUGACAACCAGAGAAAGCUUUUCUUCAGGCGCCAUUAUCCCAUCAGCACGGUCACGUUCUGUGACAUUGAUCCACAGGAGAGGAAGUGGAGUAAACCAGAGGGUGGCACUGCAAAGUUCUUUGGCUUUGUGGCCAGAAAGCAAGGCAGCACAACAGACAACGUCAGUCACCUUUUCGCAGAGAUGGAUCCUGAUCAACCGGCCACGGCCAUCGUCAACUUCGUCUCUAAAGUGAUGAUCAACUCUCAGAAGCGGUGAACUCGUCACACAGCGCUGCUUUCUGGAGGACUUUCAUUUUGCUCUGUUUUUUUUUUUUUUUUUUUUUUUUUUUUUUCGUUUCUGUUUUUCGUUCUGUGUGUUUGGGUGAGAGGCUGUGUGUACGUGUGGUUGUGAAUGUGUGAGGAAAGGUUAUUCGGACGGUAUUGAGGAAGAGGGACAGAGGAAGUGCAGUGUGGGCGUAGAGGAGUGAAGUACAGAGGGGAGGUGAUCUUCAUCUCACUUGGAGGGGACGUGGAAAUGAUGUCAGUGAUUUUGUUGCUUGUUUUUUAGAAAAAAGGACAAGAAAAAGUUAAAAAAAAAAAAAAAAAAGUUGAUGAGGAGGCUGAAAUCUGGGGCUGAUGUACCAAAGAUAAGAGAGCAGUCAGGACAAACCAAUCAUUACUCAAGCGUCCUUGUAUAUCUUGGUAAACCACAGCUGCUUCGUCAAAACUGUACAUAUGAACUGAAGCAUCACCUCUUUUCCUUCUCAAAGCGGCUCCGGUUUCUCACGCUACAAGUGCAAGACUAUUUCAUAUGCCUACUAAAAGCAGUUUCCAGUCCACUCCGGAUAAACUCAAAACCUUGUGGGGUUUUUUUGAAGGUCCCUCGCAUAUAACAGACCUAGCAGAAGCUAAAAGUGAGGACGAAUGAGACAUCUUCACCCUCAAAAACGCUCCUCAGAGAGAACAUGGGAUGCUGGAGUCAUUUCAGUAAUUCAGCGUCUCCGUUCACCUCUGGUCCAUAAAUAUCCAGCAGUUAACACCUGUUUCUCUACUUGGAAAAGUGCAGUACAAUGGCACCUGAUGUCAGAUUUCCAGGUUCAUUACUGAAGCCGGAUAUGGGAGAUGUCUACUGAAAAUUUCUGUUGCCUGAAACUCAAUUUUGCAGGUGUUUAACUGCCAACAAACAGUAAAGCAACCAAAUCACAUUCUUUGUGCAAUGCUAGCUUUUGUUCUGCAGGUAUAUAAUUGUCAAAAAACAUUUUAUUUGCUUAAAACUGAACGUUUAUCAGUGCACAUCUAUUUUGGUGCCGCCAUAUUCGCAUGAGGUCAUACAUACCGUCAAGUCACAUUUGUUUAUAUAGCACUUUAUAGAAUACAGAAAAAGUUUCAAAGAAGCUUCACAGUAUAAUAACCGUGUUCAUUUUACGAAAUUAUCGAGAAAUAUCUCUGUGAAUUCACAGUAAUAGAUGGACGUCCGACUUUAGGUGCCAUUCUGUUGCACUUUCCAACAAGGUAGUUAGUAAACUGAGCUAAAUGAAGCAACAUAUAACACAAAUCUCCUCAAGAUCGUUUAUGCAAGUGUCCAGCGUCGCCUUUUAGUUCCUGGUCUCAGGUCUUCACUUGCUAGCGUCCGUUAGCCGCUGCUGAGCUCUCUUCUCUUCAGGUCUGAGUGUGUAUCACCGUGUAUCUGGCAGUAAGGUGUGAAUCUGUCACUGUAUCUCUAUGCCUCGCUUAAAACACACUCUCACACUAUCAUUCUACCCCAAAGUAAGCUAAGUAUAUAUACUUCAAAAAGUGAUUUUACUGAAUAUUUAUUGUAUUAUUAUGUUUUUGCUACUUUUUUGCGCUAUGUUAACUCAUUUACCCAUAGAUAUAUUGUAUAGUCUACAUAAAGAUUAGCCUCCUAAAGAAAUACUCUUUAUUUUGGCUAAUAUUUCAAAAUCAUGAGGUUUUCAGAAGCAUUCUAUUAUAUAUGGUGUAAAUUGUAUGUAUUUGGAAAGCUUGACAUUAUUGGAUAUUUUCUCACAUCAAUUUUCUUUAGCGUUAGAUCGACAUUUUAAAUAGAACUCACUGUCGCUUUUGCAUACAUCCUAAAGUUCCUUCGGAUAAAGUGAGUUGGCUGAUAUGUUUACUGCAAGAGGCUUUGUGUAAAGAAAAGUAAGGAAGUGUCUUUAUUUUUGUAUUAUUGUUAUUAUUAUUAUUAUUUUGGCGUCGUUUCCCUCCCAGUAUUCAGCCCUCGGUGAAACCCACUCGUUUAGCCGCUAGCAGUGAUUCUCUCAGGCAGAAUUCAGUAUUUUGUUUCAUACUGCCAUCGUGAGGCGCUGUCAGGUAUUGCCAGCCAUAUCGUCAUCUAUGCAUCCUCUACAAUUACCUUAGAUUCACAGACCUGUUCUGAAUCCUUACUAAAUUUAGAUUUAAAGUAAUACUGCAGUGUUUUAACUGUGAUUUAAGGUGAAAGUACCCAUUGACUCUUUAGUUUAAGCAGGAUGUUCAAUCCGUGCUGUCCCCAAAAUAGAGUGUCUGCAAAACAAUUAUUGUUUCCCCCCCCCCUAUGUAAAUACUUAAUUUUUGCCAAAGAUUUUAUUUCACGUUUAUAUGCCUGAGUUUGAGAUUUGAUCACUGUCUGGUCGUAUGCGAACGAUGGCUUGUUGUUUUUGGCAUGGGGGUCUGUUUUGACUCAAUGCACAUGCUAUAUGACGUGUUCAACUGUGUUUGGUUGCCAUGAUUCCCUUUUGUUUAGCCUUCAAUACUACUCCAAAAGAAUGCAAAGCACUUAAUGAUCAGGAGCUGAAAAAUAGCAAAACAUCAGAUAAAAAUGACUGCUUCAAUAACAGCAACACCGUGUUUACACUGGAAGCGUCCAGCGGUUUGAGGUUGUCUACAACUGGAAGCUCCAGGCUACGCUUCAAUCAAAAUACAAUCUGUGGAAAAUAAAAUCUUUUUUAAAAUCCACUUUGCAUGGGUUGUUUUAUAAUACCAACGUUCUUUUACUCACAAUUGGCCUCGUUUAUGAAAGUUAUGCAGAAUUUCUGUGUGCAUGACUCGUAAGUCCACUCUUAUGUCAACAGAUGCAUUUAAUUCAGUUUACAUAAGAAUGAAUUUACAGAAUGCACAGUUAAAUUGUCAUGUUUCAUGAAUAAGACAUUGAAACAAAUGUGUACCGAUGGUUAGAUGGUUUAAACAGGUAGGCCAUAUACACCACAAGCUCACUUUGAUGUAAUGAAGAUAUUUAAAUACAUAAUGAAUUAAAGUCAUAGCAAUCAAUUCACAUUUAUGAUAUUUGCAAGUAAAAAAAAUCUGAUUAUAAUCAACAUAAUUAAAGGUGCAUCGAGUGAAUUCUGAGAAACGUGGAUCGGACCGAGCACCAAAACACACUUGUAGCCAAUCAGCAGUAAGGGGUGUGUCCACUCAUUGGGGGGGAGGUGCCAGUGUUGCAUAGCAAAACAUUUUGUGAAUUUGGGGGCGUGGCUAUCAAGAUAGGAGUGUGAUCCUUUUGGGUAGGGGCGUGUUUGUUUUGGUGAUUUCAAAUAUCAACAACGUUUCUCAGAAAUUGCUUACUGUACCUUUAAGUUACUGGUAUGUAGAAAGUGUAGAUGGUUGAGUUGAUUAAAAUGGGAGCCAUCUACGUUUGUCGUACUGGACGUGUCUGGUGUAGACAUGGUGUAAGAGUGAUUAUGCACACUAGAAUCUAUAUAUAUGUAUUUACUUGCUUUGCUUGCCUUUCUGGACAUUUCAUUUGGUGCAUAGGCUUAGAUAAACAACAUUUGUUUUCCAAACAAUAUUUUCCAAACCACACAGAAAUUGUUUUUGCAUUUACCUGAAAAUAGCUACGCAGUCAGACAAAGAGAUCCUCCAACAAAAUCAGCUCCCUACUCCUCCAUGUAUUAGUCAGCAGUGUUGUAUUAUUAUAUAUAUAUAUUUUUAUGUCCACUUGUUAACAGACUUAGAAUGUGUGAAUGAGCUACUAUUGCUGUACAGAACCACGUUGUUUCAUUUGCUUCAUGUUUUACAGCCUCAUUGUAUGGUUUUGGCAAAAAAUAUACAUUAAAGAGCGAUCCAAAUCAGUUACAUUAAAGUACACUGUUGCUAGAAAAAGA